GGGUCAGUCAGUUAUAAUUUUGGCGGCGCGGAUGCAAAAAGUAUUGUACUUUUUGCAUUUUUCUCAGUCGAUCAAAGUUUUUCUUGUUCGAUUAUCUCUUUAGAGAAAUCGGGACGUUUGGAUAAUAUUUCGGUACAAAUAGUUCGGUCACCUUACUCAAGAAUCAACAGGUGGGAUUUCGUUGAAAUACCCCUGUUUCCCCGUUGUCACAUUCUGACUUAAGUUGGAGUCCAACAAAAAAGUCCGUUUUUCUGUGUUAGUGUCGUCCCCCGAUAUGGAUCACGAUGAUGACGAGGGAGUUGGUUUCAUCAGGCCCAGCCACUACCUCAAGAGCCCUACCAUAGCUGAACAACAAGCGAUGGCUUUGCUCCAGAUUCCCAAGAAAACUGACAGAGAAGGGAGCAUUUCUUCCAAUGUUAGUGAUAUGGAUAUUCCCAUCUAUUCCACCGAACAAUUGACCACUUCGUUGAAGAGGGAACCCCAUGGGUCUUUUAACUGGAAAUUGGGGUUAGCCAUUUUCGCAGGUGCUUUUGGCUCUUCAUUUCAACAUGGUUACAACACUGGAGUACUUAACAAUCCUCAAGCGGUCAUUGAAAAUUGGAUCAAGGAAUCCAUGCAUAAUCGAACUGGGGAAAUCCCGACUCAAGAAAACGUAACUUUUGUAUUUUCUUUGAUGACCGCUGUCUUCUGUAUUGGUGGAAUGAUUGGGGGAUCUACAACUGGUAUGAUCGCUGAUAGAUUUGGUCGCAAAGGAGGCUUAUUACUCAACAACAUCCUAGUAUUUUUAGCCAUUAUCUGCGAAGGAUGCUCUAAAUCGAUCUCCUCCUAUGAACUGAUCAUUCUUGGUCGUUUCUUCAUCGGUCUGAACUCUGGAUUAAAUGCUGGUCUAGCACCUAUGUAUCUAGCCGAAAUAUCGCCAAUAAAUCUCAGAGGAGCCGUAGGAACAGUAUACCAGUUGGUCAUCACCAUCUCCAUUCUCAUUGCACAAGUUCUUGGUUUGAAGGGUCUUUUGGGAACAGCUGAUCACUGGGUUACUUUGUUGCUGAUGACCGUUGUUCCAGCUAUUUUACAGUUAAUCACUCUUCCAUUCUGUCCUGAGUCACCCAAGUUCCUUCUUCUGGGUAAAGGAAACGAGCAUGCUGCCACAAGAGCUCUAACUUGGCUGAGAGGUACUUUCUCAGUUCACGAAGAGAUGGACGUAAUGAAAGCCGAAUACGAAGCUGUCAAAAUGAUUCCAAAAGUUACUGUUAGAGAGCUGGUUACAAACACUACACUAAGGAUUCCUCUGAUCAUCUCUUUGACCGUUAUGAUCGCCCAACAACUUUCUGGUAUCAAUGCGGUAAUGUUCUUCUCAAGUACCAUCUUCCAAAUGGCUGGUCUUAAAGGGGACAAUCCAACUUACGCCACAUUAGCUAUGGGAGGUGUUAACGUAUUUAUGACCAUCAUCUCACUCUUCUUGGUAGAAAGAGCUGGAAGAAAAACGUUGCUGCUAGUUGGUUUUGCUGGUAUGGCCAUCGACACCUUGUGUCUCACAAUCGGCAUGCAAUUUGUGAACAUUAGUUCCACUGCUGGCAUCUUCUGUGUUCUUUUCGUCUUGAUUUUCGUAGUGAUGUUCGCCAUUGGACCUGGAUCAAUCCCAUGGUUCUUAGUUUCUGAAUUGUUCAACCAAUCUGCUCGGCCCACAGCUACCUCUUUGGCCGUUUGCAUCAAUUGGACUGCUAACUUCAUCGUUGGUUUGGCAUUCUUGCCACUUGCGAACUUACUGGGUUCCUACGUUUUUGUGAUCUUCUUCGUUCUCCAAUCGUUGUUCCUGCUCUUCAUCUACAAAAAGGUUCCAGAAACGAAGAACAAGACUUUAGAAGAAAUUUCAGCCAUGUUCAGGCAACAAUCUUAUCAGUAGAUCAUACAACUUGUAUGAUCCUGUGUAAUCUGUGUAUAGUUGAACUAUUAUGAUUUACUGGAAAGCGUGUUUGACAUUGGAAACUUAGAUUUGGUUGUGCAGAACAUCUGGAAGUUUGUCAGAAAAAUAUAAUUUCAUAAGAUUCAUUUGUUGACUAUAUUAGAUCAAAAUAUUCACCUUUCUUGUUUAUAAACUUCCAUGUGCUUCCAGAUUGUAGUCAGUUUUGCUUUUAAUGUUUGAAAAACAUUUUUUGCUCUACAAAUCAAUCCUUUAGUUUCAACUAAAAUCAUUUUCCAUCAUUGUUAUUUACAUAAAAAGCAUGAGGAUGCUGUAUCGAAGAUUACAUAAUAUAUCAAGGAAUAUAUUAUAUGUUUUACUAAGUGAAGGCACAAAUUAGUGCCCUUUUUUAGACUAAGUAGUUUAAACAACUACAACUUUCUUUAAAAAUGCUCUCUAUAAGCUGGAAGCUCUCUAUAAACCCUUUCUUAGGUAAAUAUUAAUGCUCCAACUAUAUUUCUGUAAUAAAAAUCUCAUUAUUUGUAUAUAAAAUGUGAAAAUUGUGACUGAAAAACAAAAGUAUAUUAAACAAAUAAGAGGAAGCUGGUAGCACCUACCGGAAGUAUUUUUGUAGAUAAUUUUUGAUAGUUCAAAAGACUGCUUAACCAAAAUAGUUGUUUAUAGUUAGGUUAGUUUAGUUUUUAAGUAGUUUUCAGAAAUAAUUUAAAUACAGGAGGAAAUAAAACAUCAUUUGUUUGACGCUACUACCCUCCUAAAAUUUUUGGUAAUUUUGUCGAAUGAAGCAAUUAUUUCCCUCUUAUAUUUAAACUAUUACUACGUUGUCUGGAAGAUUAAAUUGCUUUUUGAAAUUGCUCUGCUGAGGCUUCAAUGCUGUUUCAUACAGCCAGUAGGAUCACAGGGUAUAAUAAUAUUUAUAUUUGUCAGUUAGGCUGUGCAAAACGAACAUAUGUAGAAAUCGUUAUGCCUGGUUGCACCAACAAAUCUUAAGUUUAAGACGUGCUUGAAGCUCAGCUUACGAAACAUACGCGUUACACCAUUAAGUCAUUGAUCAAUUUUAAGCUUGUCACAAUAGAUUGCCAUGUGGAUUGGAUCGAUAAGAAUUGAAAAUUAUGGUGCAAAGUACCUAAGGUAAAUUUAAAGCGGCCCUAUCUAUAAGCUGAGCUGGGCUAAGCUGGAGCUUAAGAUUUGUUGGUGCAACCAGGCAUUAGUUACUUAAAGAUCGCCAAAUAGCGAUAGCAUCGCUAGUUGUGAGUUUUUAUCGUUGCUAUCAAGCAUGUCCUCUCUUUUGUUUAAUGGUUGUUGUUAUCGUUAACUUAGGUGGAUAUUUUAAGGGGAACGUAGCUGUUUCCUGGAUUUAUCAGAUGCUCAUUAGGUUUUAGUGUAUUAUGUAUUUAACAGAGUGAAAGGCAGCUUUUGAUAUAUGUGUUGGAUGUAUACGAUAAUGUUUUGAUUGCAGUCUAGAUUCUAGUUCAGCGAUUUUAGUUUAACACAGAGACUUGUGGAGACGAUGUGAAUAUUUGCCAACAACAUUAAAAGGAGGAGAUAUAAUUUUUCCUCUAAGUACUGCAGAGUAUAUGAAGCAUACAUAACUGUUGGUUUUGGGCUUUACGAUGUAUAAAAAAUACCAUCUGAUACUUUUACGAUUGAAGCACACUGUGAUUCAAAAUGAGUCGACGUGAAACGGAUUUUAACUCGUUGUGAAACUGAUUUAGAUGUGAUGAAGAAUAUAUCAUAUAGCAAAGAUGUUAUAUUAAAGGAACCACAAACGAAAAAGGGGAAGACCACAGAUACGAUGGUGAGAUGACCUGAAGAAACACACUGGGUCAAAAUGGAUACAAAUUGCCCAAGAUAGAGAGGCAUGGAAGAAGGAAAAGGAUGGAUGUUUAGGGCUGAUUAGAUAGAUAGAUAGAGUUAUAUUAAACGCUCAUUAAACAAUAAGGGUGCAAAAGUGUUACGUAGAUACGGCCAAUAUGACGUUGAAAAGAGUCUGGAAAGCCCAGAAAAUCGGACAGCAAUAGUCUUUGUAGAAUAAAAACGUUUCUUUGUGUUACUCUGAAUGUCGUUGUGUUAUUUCAAAAGACAAUUAACUUUUAUGUACGUAUGUUGUUCUAAUUUUAUUCCAUUGAAUUUGAAAUUUGCAAAUUCAUUUGUACGAAUGACGUAGCGAAUUGUCAUUUGAAUUUGAGAUAUUUCCUGUUUUACAUACAAGCAGCAAUAAUAGGUUUAAAAGCUUGUAUAUCCAUUGACCGAAAUAGGUCAUGUAUUCAAAUGGUAAUUAUUGUUACUAUGGGAACACAAGUCAACAUUUUGGUAGAUUCAGAAAUUGUAUCUCAAAUUCUGAUGGCUAUUUUCAUAGACUGUUUUUAAAAUACUCUUUGAACAGAAUUUUUCCAACAGUCCAAUUUUGUAGUAUAUCGGCUUGAAAUCAUGUUUGGUUUUCUAUAUCUUACAACAAAGGUCUCUGUAAAGAAUUUUAAAUAAUUUUCUUUCAGUACUUUCAAGUUAAUAAUAACACAUAUUAUAUAGAUCCAUAUACAUGUAUUUUUUUAUUCUCUCGAAACUGUACCAAACAUUUUUUCCUACCCAUAUGCUACAAUUUGACAAGAAAACAAAAGAAUCUCAUUUUGAAAAUACAUUUUUCGACAUAUUUAAACACGAACAUAUCACCUUUUAUAAAUAUUUUUAUUUUUAUCAAAAAUAUAAUGACGUACUGAUUUAAACGUAUAAAAACAAAGCUUAUAUGAAACAUGUAUUUUCAACCAAGUUGUGUGUUUUGUUUUUGUUUCUUCUGUUUGUCCUUUAUUUAUUUAUUUAAUGUAUUAUAAUCCUUUUGCAAAUAUUAAUUGGGUUAGACACCGUUCAUCGAAAAAAUGUGACCUCAGGUAUUUAUUAAUUAAUAAACAAUUUCUACAUAUUUUUUAAACAAAAGAAUUUUAAAGAAAAUGUUUAAUACCAUCAAUACAACUUUACUCUUGUAUAAAAAAGAAAACAUUAUAUUUUUCGUACGACGAAUGACUUUAUAGCAAACACUGAUAAAUGCUGUAUUUUCAGCUAUGUCUUAAAUAAUAAACAAUAUCCAAUAUUUUUAUAUUAAAAUUUAUAUUAGAUCGUAUGAAAAUAGAAAUUAUUUAAUUUUUUUAGUCCCCUUUGCAGUUUUCUGCGAAUAAACCUUUUUUCGAUGAAUAAAAAUAACCUGAUUUUGUUUUUAAUGAAAGGGGAGCAUCUGUUGUACAGAUCUAGCAAACGAGUCAUAGUUAGAUUAUAUUAUUUAUUUAAAUAUUACAUGUUUUAUUUUGUCGACUUAGUUUGUAAACGCGUUGUAAAUAAUUUUCCCAUGUGUAUAGAUUUUUUUUGUGUUAAAAUGAUGUAGAUCAUUAUUUUUGUAUUUAGUGAAUGACAAAGGCAACAACAAUGACACUGUAAAUAUUUUUCGACACUGUUUUUUAUUACAAUGUUUAGAUAUUUUUUAGUAAAGAUGACAUAUUGUAAGUUUUAACCAACUUCUACGAUAUUUCUAGUGUUAUUGUUGGUUCUGUUGUAUUUGAAAACUUGUAUAUUAUUUAUGCUCUUCAGUAUGUUUUUUACGAUUCAUGCAAGCAAUUGUUUUACUAGUCAAAAAUGUAGAAUACGAAUCCAAUAAUACGUGGCAAAUAAUAAUUCUUGCUAUUUUAGUAAAAUGUAGAAUUGUUUUGAAAAAAUAGAAAAUGAUUAUUUAUUUAAUAAAAAAAGAUUUUCAUAAGAA